CCGUCAUUCAGCUCCGGUCGCAGGUCGCGCUCGGAUGCACGGGGCUCCUCGUAGAGCUGCGCGCGAGGAUGUGGACUAAACACAGUGGUCUCUGUUGAACUGCGAAUAAUAAUUUGCCUUUAGGGUUUAAAGCUUCAGCAGCACUUAGACACGGAGGAGCUGAACUGGGCUUUAAAAACUGACUGCACGCAAAGACUGCAAUGUUUGCGCAGUGACCCUGCUAUGGAUUUUGGCAACGAGGUCGAUCUUUCCAACAGCAACAGCAACAUCAUCGCUCCUCUGUGGAAAAAGCGUGCCACGGACCAGGUCUUGAACGGCAACCAGAAGCCCAAAUCAAGACCUCUGAGUUAUCAGAUUGACGGUGUGCUUAUGGCAGAUUUCCCUGUGGAGGACAAGUGCUCUAUCACCCUUACACAACCUGCAGAGAAGAUCACCACUCCACAAGGAACCAUGGUGGUCAAACAUGUUUUGAACAAACCUGCCCAUAAAACUCGUGUUGUUAGGAGCAUUAGCAUUGGGCAUCUAUCCAGUGGUCGCUUUUCUUUGGCUAGGUUCAGAUCAGAGAAUAAUAAUGAAUCUGUGGACAGUAACCAGGUGCCUAAAACCACCCUAUCUAAAAAAACUUCAAAUGGCUUGAACAAAAAGGAGGCCAAAAGAGAUCGUGAUCCUUUAAAGCGUCUGUCCAACCCAUUUACCCUCAUCUCUCAGAGAGAGCAGAUUGUUUUUGCGGAUUCCUCCCCAGAUAAACGAACCCCACAGAAAUCAAGCUCUCCCUCCCAGAAUACCUCUCAGCAGCAUUCUUCUCCAGUCACUCUUCGAAAUUCUUCAUCUCAGAGCUCAAUAUCUAGCACUCGUUCCCUUUCUUCUUGCUCUUCUUCCUCAUCCUCUGUUCCCAGCACACCAUCCGAGCCCUUUACCCCUCAAUCUCCGACUCCAUCCGAAAGCAGCACAGUAUCUCCAGUUUUAUGCCAGUCCUCAAGCUCCUCUCCAGGGUCCGAAGUCAAGUCACCCCUGCCCAGCAUGGUCCUUAGCACACACAGCCCUGUUGCAUUAAAGAUAGGCACCCAACAGCUCAUUCCUCAUAACCUGGCAUCUGAAAGACGGCCAGGCAAAACUAGCCAAUCUGGGGGGCUGACAGACCCAUCCACACGUUCCCUUCGUGCACGCAGCAUGGUGGAGAGUGGCUCUUUCUUCUCCAGUAGUAAGAAUGUUGAAGAGGCGGAUGGUGAGGAUGCUCCAGGGCUGUUCAGGAGGGGCCUGAGGUCUACAUCAUACCGCCGGGCUGUGGUCAGUGGUGUAGAACUGAAUGUCCCUUCUAACCUACUAAAAGAAGUUCGGGAGGUGAAAGAAGGACCCAGGAGUCCACGACCCACCAAAAGCAAGAGUGGAAAGAAGAAGAAACUACAGACCCAGAGAACAUUUGACAGUGAAGAAGAUGAAGUUCUGUAUCAGAACUACCAGGAGAAGGCUCUGCACAACGACUCGGAUGAGGACGCUGAAUCCAGAGAGCCCAAAGCGGACGAGAGCAUCGUGGUGCAAUACAAACCUAUCCGGACGUCCUGGAGUCAGCUCAGUGUGGUUAUAAAAAGUGGAGCUUGUGAACGACUGAGCCAAGAGGAACGCAAAAGGCAAGAGGCGAUAUUCGAGGUGAUCUCGUCCGAGCACAGCUACCUGCACAGCCUCAUGAUCCUCGUGCGGCUGUUCAAGGACUCGCCGGAGCUCAGGGACACCAUGACCAAGACGGACCACCACCACCUUUUCUCCAACAUCGUGGACGUGUGUGAGGCCAGUAAAAAGUUUUUUAAGGAACUGGAGGACAGACACCAGAAGAACAUUGUGAUCGAUGAUAUCAGCGAUAUUGUGAUCAGGCACGCUCAGGCAAACUUCGAACCAUACGUGACGUACUGCUCGAAUGAAGUGUACCAGCAGAGAACAUUCCAGAGACUAGCAAACAAGAGCCCGACCUUUAAGGAGGUUCUGUCUCGGAUUGAAGCUCAGCCUGAUUGCCGAAACCUUCCUAUGAUCUCGUUCCUGAUUCUGCCCAUGCAGAGAGUCACCAGGCUUCCUUUGCUCAUGGAUACUAUUUGUCAGAAGACACCUAAAGACUCUCCUCAGUACGAAGCUUGUAAAAAAGCUCUUCAGUCCGUCAGCAAGCUGGUACGGAAGUGUAACGAAGGCGCUCGUACGAUGGAACGGACAGAGAUGAUGUACACCAUCAACUCUCAGCUGGAGUUUAAGAUUAAGCCGUUCCCACUGGUGUCAUCGUCUCGCUGGAUGGUGAAGCGUGGUGAGCUCACGGCCUACGUGGAAGAGAGCGGGAUCUUCUCCAGGAAGACGGCACGGCAUCAGGUCUACUUCUUCCUCUUCAAUGACGUCCUCAUCGUCACCCGCAAGAAGAGUGAGGAGAGUUAUACAGUGAUAGACUACGCUCUGAGAGAUCAGAUCUGGGUGGGGCCGUGCCAGCCGGAGGAUCUGAGCCUCUCGCCAACACGCACCACCGCAGGCAUGCUGACAUCACGGCAGGUCGGAGCCAGUCACCUGUUCCGCCUCCAAUUCCGCAGCAACCACUCAGGAGACAAAGUGCCCAUGAUCCUGGGGGCGGAGCUUCUUAAUGAGCGUGCUCGCUGGAUCAGCGCACUGGGACACACUAACAAUGAGAAGAGGAACGCAGACAGAACAAAUUCCAUGCAGGUGGAGGUGAUUCGUACGUACACGGCUCGGCAGCCUGAUGAAAUCUCUCUACAGGUGGCAGAUGUUGUGAUCAUCUCACAGACUGUUGACGGUUGGUACGAGGGCGAGCGAUUGCGAGACGGAGAGAGAGGCUGGUUCGUCGCUGAGUGUGCUCAGCCAAUCACGUGCCAGGCCACCAUUGAGAAGAACAUGCAGAGGAUGGACCGCCUCCAGGGCCUGGAGACCAACGUGUGAACGGGAUUCUCAACAAUUCCUCUCCCCACACACACACACACUUUAAGACGACUCGGGCCUGAGGAGCUGAUGAGAUGUUAUUGUUUCCUGGGACAUCGUGGCGCUCCACACAGGACCUAGCAAAGUCUCAGAAAAAAAACUCACCAAGACUAGAGAUGUUUUUUUCCCCUACCUUCCUCUCUCUCUCUCUCUCUCUCCCUCUCUCUCUCUCUCUCUCUGAAGAACAAGUGGAUCAACUAAUGCGCUUUUAGGAGGAACAUGUUAAAGACUGUUUAAACUCCCUCCAGUACAGGGGUGUCAAACAUGCCAUAUGAGACAUGGCCUGAAAAUGGUUUUAAUCUUUAAAUCACUGAGUGUAAAUUACUCUGAGGACCGGAUGAGGGGGGCACAGUGGCUUAGUGGUUAGCAUGUUCGCCUCACACCUCCAGGGUUGGGGGUUCGAUUCCAACCUCCGCCUUGUGUGUGUGGAGUUUGCAUGUUUUCCCCGUGCCUCGGGGGUUUCCUCCGGGUACACCGGUUUCCUCCCCCGGUCCAAAGACAUGCAUGGUAGGUUGAUUGGCAUCUCUGGAAAAUUGUCCGUAGUGUGUGAUUGUGUGAGUGAGAGAGAGUGUGUGUGUGUGUGCCCUGCGAUGGGUUGGCACUCCGUCCAGGGUGUAUCCUGCCUUGAUGCCCGAUGACGCCUGAGAUAGGCACAGGCUCCCCGUGACCCGAGGUAGUUCAGAUAAGCGGUAGAAAAUGAGUGAGUGAGUGUGAGGACCGGAUGAAACUUUAAAAGUAAAAGAAGACCAUUUCUCCACCAGGGGGCAGAAGAGAGCAAUAAACUCGGCUACUGACGAAAUGUACUAAUGAUUUUAAUUUUAAUCACAACCUACUAUAUAAAUAUAGGGAAAUGUUGAUCUCAUUUAGAGGAUUUACAACAAAAGGGUGUAAAUGAACAUGAAUAUUUUGGGUUCAUUAAUGCAGCUUUAUUACGCAUCGUCCUGGUUCCAGGUUCCAGGACUGAGCUUCAGGUGAAACCUCUGAUGUUGAUUAUUGAUGAUGAUGAUGAUGAUGAUGAUGAUGAUGUAAGUCUGAAGCAGGUUGACACCCCUGAGCUAACACACGUGACCUCUUACCAUGAGCAGCUCAACGUCCAACAAACAGAAGACUCCAAGCCACAAUUCACUCACUGGUGAUUGAGUGUUAACUGCACUUAUGGAGAAGCUUCUCAUUAACACAACACACCAACACAAACACCACACCACCACAAACACAAACAAUACACUACCAGACAACCACCACACCAACACAAACACCACAAAACAAACAGCACACACACAACAUUUACCUGCACAAACUGUAUAGAAUCUAGUUGUAAAUAAAUAAUGACAGAACAGAUUUAAGGGCUCAGGGAAGGUUUGUAGUUAGAAAAAAGAAAUAUAUAAGUAUAAAUACACACACAACAUAUCAACGGCUCAAGCGGAGAUUUAACAGACACCAAUUUGCAUAAAGCUCAGAGCAGGAUGAUGAGCUGUCGUGUGUAAAAUCUCUUCUCUUAUAUAACAGCUUUUAUCAUCAACCUAAAGAUCAAAAGCUGCACUUCAGCUCUCUCUCUCUCUUUCUCUCUCUCACCCCCUCCAACUCUCUCUCUUUCUCACCCCCCUCCAACUCUCUCUCUUUCUCACCCCCCUCCAACUCUCUCUUUCUCACCCCCCUCCAACUCUCUCUCUUUCUCUCUCUCACCCCCCUCCAACUCUCUCUUUCUCUCUCACCCCCCCUCCAACUCUCUCUCUUUCGCUCUCUCACCCCACUCCAACUCUCUCUCUCUCACCCCCCUCCAACUCUCUCUCUCGCUCUCACCCCACUCCAACUCUCUCUCUCUCUCUUUCGCUCUCCCACCCUCCUCCAACUCUCUCUCUCACCCACCUCCAACUCUCUCUCUCACUCUCUCUCACCCAACUCCAACUCUCUCUCUCUCUCUCCCUCAAAAAAAAAAAAAAAAAUGGACAGAUACACAGACGUUCAAGUGGCGCUUCACACGGAUUCGUCACUGAUGAUACAGCUUCAGAAACAGGUUCAAAUGAAGGAACGUUUACGGACUGAAUCCUGAUGUGAAUUGGAGCUCAGGGAGGAAAAAAAACACCACCACACGCUGAAUGAUCUGAUCUGUAUGUAAUGUAAAUACUAACUCUGAGACAGCCUCAGUGUCAUCCUGUAACCUGUAACAAACAUACUGCAUAAAUAGGUUUGGGUUCGUCUCA